AUGGAUGGAGAAGAAGAGUCGCAGUGGAGUUACAUCAGCUCGGAUGAAAUUAAAGCAGAUGACAAAAUAAACAGCUCUAUUGAUGCAAAUGCACCAAGCAGCCCAUCUGUUGAACAGGAAAUGAAGGGGAUGAUAGGAGACUUCGACUACAUCGAAAACAGAUGGAUAGGAAACUACAGGUUCGUUAAGCAGCUUGGUACAGGAAGUAGCAGCAAGGUGGUGCUUGGAUGCGACAUCCGCAACGGCGAAAAGGUUGCAAUAAAAAUUGUGCCAAGAAGGAUUGUUGAUGGAAACGACAGUGAGACUGAAAUAAGAUGCGAUCAAAGGAUAUUCCGAGAGGUUGUCAUUUCAUCUGUUCUGAACCAUCCACACAUUGUGAAGCUAAAAAACUUCCUAUAUAGUCCAACACAUUAUUUCUUGAUAUUUGAGUAUGUGAAUGGUCGUCAACUAUACGACAUUGUGCUGAACGAAGGUCCAUUGAGCGAACAGGAUGCACAGAAGUAUUUCCGACAGCUUCUCUCAGCCAUUGAAUACAUUCACAGAAACUCGAUGGUGCACAGAGACCUGAAGAUAGAGAAUGUACUAAUUGAUGAGGACAAUAAUGUCAAGCUAAUUGACUUUGGGCUUUCUAACUUCUACGACAACAAGAUGCUGUUGAAUACAUUCUGUGGGAGCCUGUACUUUGCAGCGCCUGAGCUUCUAUUUGGACAGAGAUAUUGUGGACCUGAGAUUGAUGUGUGGAGUCUGGGCGUGGUCUUGUAUGUUCUUUUGUGUGGAUGUGUGCCAUUUGACGAUGAGAAUGUACAGGGAUUACAAGAGAAGAUCAAGCAAGCGGAUUUUUCCUUUUGCAAGACGAUAUCUAAGGAUGCAUCUGAGCUGAUUCGUGGGAUGAUUCUUGCACAGCCCUCGUCUAGAUUGUGCCUUGAUCAGAUAAUUUCAAGCAAGUGGGUGAAUGAUGGAAAGAAGUGCAAGAUAAACAGCCAUGUGUCAAGAAGAUGUCCUGUGAUGAAGAUCAACGAACUUUGUAUCAGGAAGGUAUCGAGAGCGAUGCGCUUCCAGUUUCCAAACAUGGAGAGAGAAGUGCGAAGAUUCCACAAGAUAUGCCAAGAGGACGUAAGAACACUGGAGCAAACAUAUUGGUCGAGAAGGCCGGUGAUUUCACUGUAUUAUCUUGCCUGUGAGAGCUUUAGAGGCACAGAAGAGAAUCUAGACGAUGAGGGUGAAGGUGAAUGGAAGAACGGUAAUCAACUGGAAGACAUACAUGAGUUUGUAAGAUUUGCGCUUUCUAGUGAUAAUGAAAUGUAUUCUGGACAUGGAAAGACCAAACACUUACUGGCACCAAUAAACCAGGAGUCGUUGUGCAAUAGCCAUAGCAGUAGAUGCAGAGAAAUAGGAUAUCCAAGGAUCCGGCAAACGUAUCUCAAGGGAUUUUUUAAGGGAAUACGAGUUAAGCACAUAGGCAGCCAGAACGCAAUCAAGAAGAUCCUGCUUGACAUAUUCAACAUAAAUGGAAUUGCAUAUGAAGCUACUGAGAAAAGCUAUCUCUGCUCUGUAAGGCAAGACAGUCUGGAAUGUUACUUCAAGGUUUCGAUGUAUUUUAAUGUUUUACUGAACGAGUAUUAUCUGACUAUAACACCAUUGAGUAAUGAUAAGAAGUUCUUUAGAAGUAUUUAUGAAUGGAUAUAUACUGGAAUGAAGAAUCGGGCCUGA